GGCGGUUCGGCAAUGUAGUACAGUCAGGUAUAGUGUAGUGUAUAACAUGACGCGCAGCGACGCGGUCGUGCGGCGAUAGAGAUUUGUUUGCUCUUGGUUGGCGUUAGUAUACACGCGAGAAACGGAAGUUUCCUCGCUCGGAGUCACUCCUCGUACACAUCAGUCUCAAUCGAGUUGCUCACGAGAGCGCGUCCUGCAAAGGGAAAUCGUGCAAAUCUCAAGUAUUCUCAAUUGAAUCUCGAUCGGCGAGAGAACACGGAACACGAUGGCAUCGCACGUAAUGGAUUUUUACAACGGCAAGAACGUGUUUGUGACUGGCGGCACCGGCUUCGUCGGGGUUUGCUUGAUUGAAAAGCUUUUGCGAUGUUGCCCGGACGUGAAAAAUAUUUACCUGCUAAUACGUCCGAAAAAAGGAAAGGAGAUUGCGGAAAGGUUGGAGGAGUUGACGCAAAACUCGGUUUUUAAUAGGAUGCGAGAGCAAGAACAAACUGAUUUAUUCAAGAAGCUGAUCCCGAUCGCCGGUGACGUCGGCAAGGAGAACCUGGGAAUGUCCACGGUAGACCGUGCGACUGUGAUAAAUACGGUACAAAUUGUUUUUCAUUCGGCCGCCACGCUCGAUUUCGAAGCCGAUCUGAAGAGCACGACAACAAUUAAUUUACUGGGUACACGCAGGAUCGUUCAACUCUGCCGAGACAUUAAGGAUCUCAAGGCAUUGGUACAUGUCUCCAGUGCAUAUGUCAAUUCAGUGUUACAUGAUGUUGAUGAGGUAGUGUAUCCUGUGUCAAUGGAUGCAGAUACACUUUUAAACCUGGUCAGUACGCUUGACACUGAUGCUAUAAAUACCAAAACACCAGAAAUAUUAAAAGGUCACGCAAAUCCUUAUACAUUCACCAAACACUUGGCUGAACACGAGGUGGCCAAUUCAGGACUUCCAGCUGCGAUCGUGCGUCCUUCAAUGAUAAUAGGGGCAUGGAAGGAACCGAUUCCAGGAUGGACAAUAUCAAAGAAUGGACCACAAGGUUUUCUAAUGGGUGCUGGUAAGGGUGUUGUGAGAAGAUUGCCAGUUGCGACCCAUCUUGCAUACGAUUACAUUCCAGUAGACAUAGUAGUGAACAGCCUUAUUGUUGCGGGUUAUAACGUCGAUCGUGACAGCGAUAAGGAAUUGAAAGUGUACCAUUGCACAUCUAGCACGUGUAAUCCUUUUCGAUGGAAGACGGUAGAAGGGUCUGUGAAUAAUUAUUUACGCGCUUAUCCGUUACGAAGCGCCGUUUGGUUCCCAUAUCUCAAGUUUUUACCAUCGCUCUUCUUAUUUAAAAUAUCGGCCAUCUUCGUUCACUUUAUCCCUGCUUACAUCCUGGAUACAGUUACUCGAUUGUGUGGAGGUCGUCCAAUUCUCGUUCGUUUGCAUACGAACGUCAACAACUCAUUAAAUCGUUUGGAGAAAUUUAUUUUUCAAGAAUGGCAAUUUAAUAAUCCACACCUGCUACAACUGCACGAAUCGUUGUCUGCGGAUGAUCAAAAAUUAUUCACCUUGGACAUCAGACCGUUGGUUUGGAGAGAUUAUUUUUUGGACUUGGUACAAGGUGUCAGAUUGUAUCUUCUUAAAGAGUCUCCGAAAUCCUUACCAAAAGCACGUCUCAAGAAUAAAAUAUUAUUGGUUGCACAUCUGGGCUUGCAAGCCGCUCUGUUAGGCUUGUUCUGGUGGCUCGUUAAAGUGUCGUUUGCUACGACAUGGACGAAAAGUAGUUUAAUUGUACCAAUAAUAUAUCUCUUGUUCGAUCAACUGUCCUUGAUGGCUAUCACUAAAGAUGCAUUAAGAAACAUAUGGAAUUAUUUUUUGAGUAUUAUUGGUGUAUCACAGAUUUUUGACUCUAUUUUCUCUUUUUCUUCAUUGAAAAAACUUUUUUACAGUUUUUAUUCAUUAAACAUAUCGAAAAUGUCAUCGAUAUCCGAUUGGUUCUCCAAUCGAAGUGUUUUCGUCACUGGAGGUACCGGAUUUAUGGGGAAGAUUCUGAUAUCUAAGCUGCUGUUGAGCUGUCCCAACAUUGCCGAUAUCUUCAUAGUAAUCCGAAAGAAGAAAGGUGUUGAUCCGCAGACAAGAUGGCAUUUGAUAAUGCAGGAAGAACCAUUUCGAAUCCUUCGAGAACAGUAUCCAGAGAGACUAAAGAAACUUGUAGUGUUAACCGGUGAUACGAGCAUAAAAGGACUCUCUCUGUCUGCAGAGAAGGAACGAUUCAUUAGUCGGGUAUCCGUCGUUUUCCACAUGGCCGCUAAUGUCAGAUUCGAUCUACCACUGAAAACCGCUAUCAGGAUGAACACCAUGGGUACUAUGAACGUCGUGGCAUUAGCAAAACAGAUGCCUCUACUCGAGUCGUUUAUUCAUAUGUCGACGACUUUUUGUCAAUGUGGCGAGCUAGUGUUGGAGGAACGCCCUUAUCAAACCAGCAUUUCAGCGGAAAGUGUCGCUCGUAUGAUCGACACGAUGACGGAUGAAGCUUUAGAAGCGAUGAGACCGCAACUGUUGACAAAUCAGCCUAACACGUACGCUUACAGCAAGGCACUCAGCGAGGAUUUUGUAUCGAGAUGUGGAUUACCCGUAGGAAUCAUACGCCCAUCGAUAGUGGCCGCGUCUUGGAAAGAACCAGUACCUGGCUGGAUAGACAACAUGAACGGCCCGACUGGGUUGCUAAUUGGCGCGGGUAAGGGAGUCAUUCGAUCCAUGCUGUGCAAUGCGAAUUACCUGAUUAAUAUGGUGCCCUGCGACAUGGCUAUAAACGCGACGAUCGCAUUCGCUUGGCGAGUUGGAUCAGAGAAGUGUACAAAGCCGAUGUUUUUAAAUGUCACGAUGAAUAAAGAGAAUCAGAUUUCUUGGGGUGACGCAUUGGAAAUCGGAAAAAAACACUUAUUCACCAAUCCAUUCUCACAACCACUCUGGUAUCCCGGUGGAAGAAUCACUUCCUCGAAAAUUCUCCAUUGGUUCGCCGUUCUGUUAUUACAUAUUAUACCCGCUUAUUUACUAGAUGCUCUGCUUAUCGUCACCGGAAACAAGCCCUUCUUGGUACGAGUGCAAAAUCGAGUGAGCAGUGGAUUAGAAUUGCUUCAGUAUUACACCAUGAAACAGUGGAAUUUUCUCAACGACAACCUGCGCGAUCUGCAAACUCAGCUGUGUUCCUCGGACAGAGAAACAUUUUUCAUGGAUACGAAAGUCAUCCGCUGGGACGAGUAUAUGUUGUCGUACAUCUUAGGCACGAGACAGUAUUACUUAAAGGACGAUCCUUCGACGCUGCCACGUGCGAGACGGGUCUUCUUCUGUUUGUAUGUCGCCGACUGUUUGCUCAAGACGAUACUCGCAAGUUUUGUUAUCUGGAUAAUGUACUCGUGGAUGAUGUCCGCUCAACUCGUUACAACAACGCUCCUCGAAACAAAUGAGAGAACGUAUACUGCGGCGGCCAGUCCAUUCGACCGAGGCACGGCCGAGUCCGAGGCCGAGCUCGAGUACGAAUGCGAUUUCAUGCGCGGACUCGACGCUGCUCACUCACGUUGCACUCGUCCGACGAUCGCCACGACCAUUACUUCUCGCGACGUUUCAGGAAAAUUCUUGCAGGAUCAAGACUUAGUCACGAUGGAGCAAAGUAAAAUCGACGACGUAGCACCCGACAGGAUAGCCGAGACUUUCGUCGGUCGCAGGAUAUUGGUGACAGGCGGCACAGGAUUCUUAGGAAAAGUGCUGAUCGAGAAGUUUCUGCGAUGUCUACCCGACAUAGCGCAAAUUUACAUGCUCAUCAGGCCGAAGAAGGGCAAGGAUCCCAAGCAUCGACUGGAGGAAAUAUUUGAUUCACCGCUUUUCGAGACAGUCAAGGCUCAAAGGGGAUUGUCGGCGCUUCAUAAAGCAGUAACAAUCGUUAGCGGAGACGUAUUAUUGCCAGGACUUGGAUUAUCUGUGGAAGACAGAAAGAUGCUCUGCGAUAAUGUCGACAUUGUCUACCAUGGAGCUGCUACCGUUAGAUUCGAUGAACUGUUGAAGAGAGCUGUGUUAUUGAACACACGUGGCACGAAGCAAAUGCUAGAGCUGGCCAAAGAAAUGAAACAUUUACUUCUGUUUACUCAUAUCAGCACUGCCUACUGUCAUCUAGAAGAGAAAAUUUUGGGUGAGAGAACGUACCCUCCGCCCGCGAAUCCUCACCAGGUAAUCAAGUGCGUCGAGUGGAUGGACGACGAUGUAGUCGAAGCUAUGACAGACAAGAUCCUGGGUAAGGUACCAAACACGUACGCUUUCACGAAGGCCUUGUCGGAGAGCCUCGUAGAGGAAUCGAUGCCGCAUAUUCCAUCGAUAAUUUUAAGGCCAAGCGUAGUUAUCCCCGUUUGGAAGGAUCCGCUUCCCGGUUGGACGGACAACAUCAACGGGCCUACCGGUCUUUUGAUCGGUGCUGGAAAAGGAGUCAUUAGAACGAUGUACUGCAACAAGAACGGUUAUGCCGACUAUCUUCCUGUUGACAUUGCCGUGAACGCUAUUCUCAUCACCACGUGGAACUUUAUUUAUUUCAAGGACUACGAAAAACGGGUGUACAAUCUCACGAGUAGCAACGAGUUCAAGAUCUCUUGGGAAGAAAUAAUAGAGCGCGGCCGAAAGAUAACGCAACGCGUGCCCUUAAAUGGGAUCGUGUGGUACCCAGGUGGCAGCAUGAAGAAUUCACGGCUCUUGCACAAUAUCUGCGUCCUAUUUUUCCACAUGCUACCGGCCUAUUUUAUCGAUACAAUCCUCUUUUUCUUGGGCUACAAACCUAUUAUGUGCCGCGUGCAUCGUCGAAUACAGAAAGGAUUCGAAGUUUUCGAGUAUUACGCCAAUAAUCAAUGGGACUUUGUCAAUACGCACGCUCUCGAUGUAAGAGAAAAGCUCAACAGCACGGAAUACAAGACCUAUCAAAUACACGGCACGGAUAUGGAUAUAGAUGCAUAUUUCGAGGAAUGCAUCCGAGCCGCUAGAAUUUACAUAUUAAAGGAAAUGCCGGAAACCUUGCCGGCUGCUCGCCGACACUUGCGAGUCAUGUACUGGGUAGAUGUGUUCACGAAGAUCUUAUUUUUCCUGCUGCUUAUAUACUUGUUGGCAUCCUGGAGUGAAAGUUUCAGAGCACUGCUCGCAAGUGGCUCCAAGUACGUCAUGAGAGCAUUAAAAUAACUCGUCACGAUUCAAUUACACUGGAACCACUAUUCUCAAUGAGCUCACAAAGAUGUCGGCGUCGAUGAUUCAAGAAUCAUCCGAACGUUCUAUUAUUUAAUCUUGAGGAAAUAUAACGGUAUCAAGUAUAGCACGCAGUACAUAAGAUAUAUAUAUAUAUAUGGUAUUUUGUAGUGUGCAUUAUAGACUAUGUUUCCAUCGAGGGUUAAAGUCGAGUCGAAGUCGGAUUGAGGUGAAACCGCUCUUGCGGUGGAAACAACCAAACUCGAACCUGAACCCUAUUAAAGGUCCGAUGGAAACAGAUGACCCAACCCGACUCUGACCGAUGGAAACAUAGUCAUUCACAACUGUAUGCGCACUACAUCGGCAUAGGAAUAGAAUAAAGAGGAUUUGAAUAAAGAGAUGUACAAUUUACGCAA